AUGUUCCUCUAUGACUUCCUCGUCCCCAUUCUUCCUUUCGUGGUAGAGAAUCGCCUGGGUCUGGAUACCUCGUAUACCCAGCUUGGCGGAGAGUGCCUUGAUCUGCAUUUUAUUGAGUCUCUCAUCGCUUCUCCAUUGUCACGGCGAGCUUCGACACAACCCACCCUCCCUCUCCACGUACACGAUGUGUUCCAUCGGGGCAGUUUUUCAGUGGGGAUGCUAUUUGCUGGGCUUCAAGAGCCUGUCGUGUUGUUGAGCGUGCCAGUCGGCUGGCUGAGGGAUCGAGUGGGAACUCGGUUUCCGGCCACAGUCGGUUUCUGCACCCUUUUGCCCCUGUUAUGA